CCAGCCUUAUACCUCAUAGUAUUCCGGCACAAACAGUGCUAGAUCGGUUCAAGAUGCUCAGGCAGCUCGCAGCGACGCGAUCACUCCCGAGACAUCUGGCUGCGAAAGCUCAGCUCACCCGGACAUUCGCAUCGAGCAGGGCUGCUCGGGCUGAUAUUACCUUGACUGUAGACGGCAAGGAGGUCACGGUUCCGCAAGGUACCGCUCUGAUCCAGGCUUGCGAAGCAGCCGGAGCUACUGUGCCUCGAUUCUGUUAUCAUGAUCGAUUAGCCAUUGCUGGAAACUGCCGGAUGUGUUUGGUUGAGGUCGAGCGGUCACCCAAACCCGUUGCUUCAUGCGCAAUGCCUGCCAUGCCAGGGUCCAAAGUCUUCACCAACACUCCUCAGGUCCACAAGGCACGUGAAGGCGUCAUGGAAUUCCUGCUAGCCAAUCAUCCUCUUGAUUGCCCGAUCUGUGACCAAGGUGGAGAAUGUGAUCUACAAGAUCAAUCGAUGCGUUAUGGUUCAGACAGGACUCGAUUCCACGAAAUUACCGGAAAGAGGGCGGUCGAAAACAAGGAUCUUGGACCAAUCGUCAAGACAUCGAUGAACAGGUGUAUUCAAUGUACUCGAUGUGUCCGAUUUGCCAACGAUGUCGCUGGAGUCGAAGAUUUGGGAACGACUGGACGUGGAAAUGAUCUUCAGAUCGGCAUGUACAUCGAAAAGACCCUUGAUUCUGAGAUGUCUGGCAACAUUAUCGAUCUCUGCCCCGUCGGAGCCUUGACUUCGAAGCCGUACGCUUUCCAGGCUCGUCCUUGGGAACUGCGUAAGACGGAAAGUGUGGAUGUCCUCGAUGCCGUUGGCAGCAAUAUCCGCGUAGACAGUCGUGGCGUCCAGGUCAUGCGGAUCCAACCGUGGAUCAAUGAUGAGGUCAAUGAAGAGUGGAUCAACGACAAGACCAGAUAUGCCUACGAUGGUCUGAAAUACCAAAGAUUGACAACGCCCCUCGUUCGACAAGGCGACAAAUUCGUCCCAGCCACAUGGGAACAGGCUUUACAGAGAAUCAAGAAGGGGCUACGGCAGUCCGGGGCGCGGAAGAAUGAAAUCAAAGCUGUCGCUGGACACUUGGCAGACGCUGAAUCGCUCAUCGCGCUCAAAGAUCUCAUAAACUACCACGGAUCUGAGAAUCUCGCCCUCGAUCAGACUCUUGGGGACUCGGCUCUCGCUCAUGGUGUCGACAUCCGAUCUAAUUACCUGUUCAACACUGGAAUAGAGAAUGCCGGCGACGCCGAUGCCGUUCUCUUCAUUGGCACCAACCCUCGACACGAAGCAGCCGUUCUCAACUCUCGAUUCAGAAAGUCAUACCUUCACAGCGGGGCAGAGUUUGCGGUUAUUGGCGAGAAGUUCGACUCCAUCUUUGAGUACGAGCACCUCGGAACAACCCCGAAAGCCGUGGCCGACUUCUUCGAGAGCACGAACAAGGGCGGCUUCGCGGAAAUCUGGAAGAACGCCAAGAAGCCGAUGGUGGUCGUCGGUAGUGCAGUCAUGGAGAGCAAGGAUGGAGGGGCAGUACUCAAGUCGGUCGCCGAGCAUGUUUUGAAACAGGCAGACAGGUUCUUGACAGAGGAAUGGAACGGAUUCUCCAUCUUGCAACGGGUUGCCUCCCGUUCUGCAGCGUUUGAUAUCGGUUUCAGUCCGUCGGCCAAAGCAUCCGCUACUACACCAAAAUUCAUCUAUCUGCUCAACGCCGACGAGAUUGACCCCGAGUCAAUCCCGGAAUCUGCCUUUGUUGUUUACCAAGGUCAUCAUGGUGAUCUCGGAGCUCAAUUUGCCGACGUCUGCUUGCCAGGUUCAGCCUACACUGAGAAGGCUUCCACGUGGGUCAACACAGAGGGCAGGACACAGGUCGGCCGAGUGGCUGUGCCUCCACCAGGAGCCAGCAGAGAAGACUGGCAAAUCAUCCGAGCUCUCUCAGAAGUGUUAGGUACCCCAUUGCCAUAUGACGACAUCAUCGAGCUCAACGAACGAAUGUGGGAAGUUUGCCCGUCUCUCUUGAGACCGACAUCGCGGGAAACAACUUCUUUGGAAAUCCUCAAGGCUGGGCUGACCUACCUAUCCAACGUCGAAACCGAUGCGCUUUCAUCCACUGAUAUGAAGAACCCUAUCAAGGACUUUUACCGAACCGACCCAAUCUCCCGAGCCAGUGUCACCAUGGCACAAUGCAGCAAGGCGUUCACCAGCAAGGACUACGUUCCUUCAGAUCAGGAGGAUUCCGGCGAGAUGCAGGUGACGUAUGGUUAGGUGUGGCCAGUAUGUCAGGGGGAAAAAAACGCAGUUUUUGUACGAUUGAGCAUGCAACGUGGGAUGGACUGGA